AUGAAAGAUUUAUUAUCAUCAUUAUCAAAAGGUAUUCCUUUUGAGCCAUUACCAGAGCACCCAGGAUUAGAUUCAACUGUACCACAUGCUCCAGGUCGUCCAAUUAAUUUAACAUUAAACGAAAAAAAGUUAGCAAUUAAAAAUUCAUUAAGAUAUUUCCCAAAUUCAUUACAUUCAAUUUUAGCAAAUGAAUUUUUAGAAGAAUUAAAUAAAUAUGGACAUAUUUAUAUGUAUAGAUUUAGACCAACUCAUUAUGAGAUGAAAGCAUAUCCAAUUGAAGAAUAUCCAGCAAAAUCAAGACAAGCAGCAUCGAUUAUGUUAAUGAUUAUGAAUAAUUUAGAUAGAGAGGUUGCACAAUUUCCAAAUGAAUUGGUAACCUAUGGUGGUAAUGGUAGUGUUUUUCAAAAUUGGGCACAAUAUCAUUUAACCAUGAAAUAUCUUUCAGAGAUGACAGAUCAACAAACCCUAACAAUGUAUAGUGGUCAUCCAAUGGGUUUAUUCCCAUCAAAUGAAAGUUCACCACGUGUUAUCGUUACCAAUGGUAUGGUGAUUCCAAAUUAUUCCUCCCAUAAAGAUUAUGAACGUAUGUAUGCACAAGGUGUUACACAAUACGGUCAAAUGACUGCUGGAAGCUAUUGUUACAUUGGUCCACAAGGUAUUGUACAUGGUACAACCAUCACUCUAUUAAAUGCUGGUAGAAAAUAUUUAGGUGUUGAAUCACUCAUUGGUAAAGUAUUUGUUUCAUCAGGUUUGGGUGGUAUGAGUGGUGCUCAAACUAAAGCUGCCUACAUCUGUGGUGCAAUUUGUAUUGUUGCAGAGGUUAGUCCAGCUGCAGUUAAAAAGAGACACGCUCAAAAUUGGGUUAUGGAGGUAUAUUCAGAUUUAAAUGAAUUAUUUGCUCGGGGUUAGAGUUGCAGUAAAGAAAAGAAACCACUUUCAAUAGCUUAUCAAGGUAAUGUCGUUACACUUUGGGAAAAAUUAGUAGAAGAGAAAGAUAUUACUGUGGAUUUAGGUUCAGAUCAAACUUCAUUACACAAUCCAUUCAAUGGUGGUUAUUAUCCAGUACAAUGUUCGUUUGAAGAAUCAAAUCGUCUCAUGGUUCAAGAACCUACUAAAUUCAAAGAGAUGGUACAAGAAACCCUUAGAAGACAUACCACUGCAAUCAAUGCACUCUCUGCACGUGGUAUGAAAUUCUGGGAUUAUGGUAACUCUUUCCUAUUAGAGGCAUCAAGAGCAAAAGCUGACAUUAUUAAACCAGGCACAGAUGGUAAAGAAUUCAUUUAUCCAUCCUAUGUACAAGAUAUUAUGGGUGAUAUAUUUUCAUUGGGUUUUGGUCCAUUCCGUUGGGUUUGUACCAGUGGCAAUCCAAAGGAUUUAGAAAUCACCGAUCGUAUCGCCAAAGAAUUAAUUGAAAAAUUAAGAUCUCAACCAGGUGUACCAAAGAAUGUUCAACAACAAUUUAAUGAUAAUCAUCUUUGGAUUAGUCAAGCAGGUGAACAUAAAUUAGUUGUUGGUUCACAAGCUCGUAUCCUUUAUAGUGAUUGUAUUGGUCGUUCAGAAUUAGCAGUUGCUUUCAAUAAAGCUGUUGCCGAUGGUACAUUAUCAGCUCCAGUCGUAAUUAGUAGAGAUCAUCAUGAUGUCUCUGGUACUGAUGCACCAUGGAGAGAAACUUCAAACAUUAAAGAUGGUUCCCAAUUUUGUGCUGAUAUGGCUAUUCAUAAUGUUAUUGGUGAUUCAUUUAGAGGUGCAACUUGGGUUGCCAUUCAUAAUGGUGGUGGUACAGGUUUUGGUGAAGCUAUCAAUGGUGGUUUUGGUCUCUAUUUAUGUGGUAGUAAAUUACAAGAAGAAAAAGCUAGAAUGAUGUUAAAUUGGGAUGUUAAUAAUGGUAUUGCUCGUCGUUCUUGGUCAUAUAAUGAUAACGCUGAAAAUACAAUUAAAAGAGCAAUGGAAUUAGAUCCAUCUUUAAAAGUUACAAUUCCAAAUCAUACAAGCGAUGAUUUAAUUAAUUCUUUAAAUUUUUAA